AUGGCUGUCGAUUCUGCCAAGGCUCCAUUUUUGGGAGAGCCCAGUAAGAAGAGGCCGCGUUUUCAUGGUGGUUACAGUGGUUCUAGCUACAGCGGUGGGGGACAGUCAUCCAGGCCUUAUCAGUCAGCCCCUAGCCGCUCUAUUCAGUCCGUAUUGCAGGCUUCUUCGGGUGGUCCCUCUAGACCCAGUGGUUAUGGAGCUGGACAGUCUUAUGGUAGUUCCUACUCUCGUCUAGUUAACUGUGGCAGUCCCUCUACUUCAUCAGCUUCAGUGCAUCGAUCUCCAGUCUCUAGAUCUUGUUAUACUUGUGGUGACCCUGGUCACUUUAUGAGAGAUUAUCCCAGGCCAAUAUAG